GCGCUUGUUAGACUACGCAAGAAAAGCAACAAGAAGUUUCCAAAAUGGGGCUGGAAAGUACUAUGGUCUGUGUGGAUAACAGUGAAUACAUGAGAAAUGGAGACUUUCUGCCCACAAGGCUGCAGGCUCAGCAAGAUGCUGUCAACAUAGUCUGCCACUCCAAAACACGCAGUAAUCCUGAGAACAAUGUGGGACUUAUUACCAUGGCAAAUAACUGUGAGGUCCUCACCACACUGACACCAGACACUGGUCGCAUCCUGUCCAAACUCCACGCUGUCCAGCCUAAAGGAAAUAUCUGCUUCUGUACGGGCAUCAGAGUGGCUCAUCUGGCUCUAAAGCACAGACAAGGAAAAAACCACAAGAUGAGGAUCAUUGCCUUCGUUGGAAGCCCUGUAGAGGAUAUGGAAAAAGAUCUUGUCAAGUUGGCGAAGCGCUUGAAAAAGGAGAAGGUGAAUGUAGACAUCAUCAACUUUGGAGAAGAGGAGUUCAACACAGAAAAGCUGACUGCUUUUAUUAACACUCUAAAUGGGAAGGAGGGAACGGGCUCCCACCUGGUCACAGUCCCUCCUGGGCCCAGUCUGGCUGAUGCUCUGCUGUCCUCCCCAAUCCUGGCUGGUGAAGGAGGCUCCAUGAUGGGUCUCGGUGCCAGCGACUUUGAGUUUGGUGUGGACCCAAGUGCUGAUCCAGAGCUGGCCUUGGCCCUUCGUGUUUCGAUGGAGGAGCAGCGACAGAGGCAGGAGGAGGAGGCCCGCAGAGCUGCUGCUGCUUCUGCUGCUGAGGCAGGCGUGCCCACACCCAGUGCUGAUGAAUCGGAGGAAGCCUUGUUGAAAAUGUCAGUAUCCCAGCCUGAGAGCGGUGCAGCAGUUCUUCCUGAUUUCAGCAGCAUGACGGAGGAGGAGCAGAUCGCCUACGCCAUGCAGAUGUCUCUCGCCGGUGAAGAGGGCAGUGAAGCCCCCAUGGAGACUUCAGAAUCAACAAAGGAGGAAGAUGACUACGAUGUGAUGCAAGACCCAGAUUUCCUUCAGAGCGUUUUGGAGAACCUGCCUGGAGUGGAUCCCAACAACGAGGCCAUCCGCAACGCCAUGGGCUCCCUGGCAUCCCAAACAGGAAACAAGCCAGACAGCAAAAAGGAUGAAGAGAAGAAGAAAUGAGCAGAGAAAGUAAAGAUAAAUGAACAAUGGCAGAUUUACACAGGAUGCAUUUUUUAAAUACGAGGUUGCUGAUGUACCAACCCUGCAUGACGGCACUCUGACAUUUAAUACCGCCUUUCUGCUAGGCACUCGAAAGCACCAACAUAUAAAACAUAUAUAUUACAUUUUAUUGUCUAAUUUUGAGUUUAUGCAUUGCCCCAAAAUCCAAAUUCUAACAAUGCGUUAUCAAAUUACUUUGUAUGCUUUUCAGUUAAAAUUUUAUCAACAAGGUCCGAUUAGUUAUUUACUCAGAAGUUGG